UUUAAAUCAAUCGUUUUUAUUAUGACUAACAACCCCUCAAAAGACGUACUUGCUACUCGUGAAAAUAUUGAAUUAUUAUUACAACAUGACACCAAAGUAAAAGUGGCUGUAGUUGAUACUGAUGGUUUAUUACGUGGCAAAGUAAUGCACAAGAACAAGUUUUUACAAAUUGUCGAUGAUGGUUUUGGUUUUUGUUCAGUAGUAUUUGGUUGGGAUAUUUUGGAUAAAUUAUAUUCAACUAAAGUAGAAUUUGGUGGUGAUGAUUGUCAAUAUCCUGAUCUACUUGCUAAAGUGGAUUUAACUAGUUAUCGUCGUAUUCCUUGGGAAAACAAUAUUCCAUUUUUUUUACUCUAUUUGGUUCAUCCUACUACUAAUCAACCUUUAUAUUGUUGUCCUCGGACCUGUUUGAAACAAGUGGUAGAUGAUUUCAAAGAAAUUGGUUAUACUGCUUUAUCUGGUGUAGAAUUUGAAUUCUUUUGCUUCAAAGAAACCGCGUCUUCGGUGGUUGAAAAAGGUCAUACCAAUUUGUUACCUUUAACAGUGGGUAUGUGUGGUUACUCUUUAUUACGACCUUCUCAAAAUCAAGAUUUUUACUAUAAUGCUUUUGAUUGGCUUAAGGAUUUCAAUGUUGAUAUGGAAAGUUGGCAUACUGAAACCGGUCCUGGUGUUUUUGAAGCUGCUAUUGCUUAUACUGAAGCUAAAGAAGCUGGGGAUCGUGCUACUCUCUUCAAGACAGCUAUGAAACAAAUUGCUUUGAAACAUGGUUUUAUGGCUUCCUUUAUGGCAAAACCCUAUGAAUCCAUGCCUGGUUGUUCUGGUCAUAUGCAUUUCAGUCUUAAAAACAAGGAUGGCAAGAAUGCUUUCGCUAUUUGGAACAAGGAUGAUGAAAGUCAUAUUCCUAAUAUGAGUAUCACUAUGGUACAUUUCUUGGCUGGUGUUCUUCAUGGUUUACCUAGUAUAUUGGCCAUCUUGGCUCCUACUAUCAAUAGUUACAAACGUCUUGUUGAAAAUUAUUGGGCUCCAGUGACUGUAUCUUGGGGAAUAGAAAAUCGUUUAGGUGCUGUUCGAGUCAUUGCUCCACCUACUUCAUCCAAAAAUGCUGCUCGACUUGAAAUGCGAGUUGGAGGAGCAGAUAUCAAUCCUCAUCUUGCUAUGGCGGCCGUAUUAAAAUGUGGUUAUUGGGGUAUCAAAACUAAACAAGAACUUCCUGUUGAGGCCAUGGCUGGAUCCUAUCAACCUCAAGGUCAACGUUUAGCACGUACUUUACAAGAAGCAGUGGUGGCAAUGGAAGCAGAAAACUCGGUGGCUCGUACCGUUCUUGGUGAUGAAUUUGUUAAUCAUUAUACAAAGACAAGACAACAUGAAUGGAACUUGUGGCAAAAUGCUGUGACUGAUUUUGAACGUCGUCGUUAUAUGGAAUUAGUAUAGAAUUUUUUUUUAUAUACUUUAGUUAUAGAAAUAAUAAUAAUAAAAUAACAACUAUAUGCGUUUUAUGUAUAAUG